AUGCCAUCUGGCAGACGACAUGAUCCUGAAGAUAGAUGUUACGAGCAGAGCCGCUUCCGUACAGAUCUAAAGCAGUUCCUGUAUCAAGAUACCACCACAAGCGAUUCAGCUGUCAAAGUCAGUGCUGGACAUGGCCAAGACCACACAACGAAUGUUUCUCGCGCGUCGGCGACAGAGAGGAAAGAAUGUCCAUCGAACGAGGUCGCUCAGGACGAAGACAGUAAGGGUCAGCGGUCACUAGUGGUCACACUUCGAGUGUCAUAUUAUCUCUUCAGCUUCACACAACUGAAAAGACUUGGUAUACGAACGGCGGGCAAGGCAAGUAAAUUCAGACUGGGGCACAAUCCAUGGCAAGGUCUCGGGUUUCCGAAGCCGACCGCCGAGACUGUGCGAGAAGUACAUAGACGACUUUCCGACUAUCACGAGCAUUUCAGCUUUGGCUCAUUCGUCAACGCUCGUGCGUGUUCGGGACCCGUCGUCACGGUUGACAAAGUCAUCCAAGUUAUGCUUGCUCAGAAUGCAGGGAACGAGAACGCUAUAGACACCCACUCUCGACUAUGCAAUACAUACACAUAUGUCGUGAACGGAGACAAGUACGCUGGUAAAACACCGAACUGGCACGAAAUCAGACAUUUACCUAUCGAAGAACUUCAAAGAGCUCUGGAACCAACAGGAUAUUACCAGAAGCGUGCUGCGAGCAUCAUGGCAAUACUCGAAGUUGUACACAGAGAAAAUACUGUCCGUAAAGCCCAUGGCUUACAGACGUACCAAUACGAUGAUAACCCGCCAGACACAAGAGAUUUUGUGGAUGGGAUGUUGUCGAUGGCUUACAUCACAGACGAUGCAGAUAAUUCGACUGUCGCUGUGCUUGAUCGCCUUUUAGCACUUCCGAAUAUUGGACCGAAAUCAGCAAUGUGUAUAGCUGCAUUUCAGCUGAAACGCCCACUCUUUGUUGUCGAUACUCACAUUCUGCGUUAUACAAAAUGGCUAGGCUGGAUCCCGCAGACCUGCAACGAUAACAACAUAGCCGCAAUGUACCUCCAUGAUAUAAUACCGGAAGACAUUAGGUACGACUUACACAAUCAGAUUUGGACACAUUGUGCAAAGGAAAACUCCUCAGGAUCUCGUGGUCGUCGUAUCAUCUGUCCAUUCUGUGGCUCAAUUCCCCCGUCUCGUGCAAAGCUGGAGCAGUUUGGCGAAAUUACAUGUCCCGUCGCAGGAUUUCUCCCUCCUCUGAGUCAAAGAUGGCCCGAACGUGCUUGGCAAGAAGUAGAAGUUGUUGAAAAAUCCGUUCCAACGGUCCUCCAAGCAGUAAGACACCGACCUCGGCACGGGAACACGGCUACAUUGAAACACUUCUCGACAGCAUCCAAAAGCAGUGAUACGACAAGAAGGGCUAUUGACCUGGCCUCAUUGCGAAGACGAAAACUCAAGUAUCUUCGAACCAUGGCAUUUAGUGAUCUGACCGUUGACCAAGCAGAAUCACAAGGCUAUCUCCUCUGGAUGUUCCGACCCCUGGACAAUUCAUUCGGCGAGGAAUGGGGAACUUUCGAAGAGUUACCGAGAUUCAAGUGGGAGAGGCCUACGGUUAUGGAUGCUGAAGUCGCUGUGAGUUACAAAUAUGCAUUGGACGUGCUAGAAGGCAGAGUACAGCAUCCUUGGUCUAAGAUAUCAAGUGCGAAAGAGCAGGUCUGA